GUUCUUCAGCUCUCAAUCAAGACCAUGGUCGGAUUCCGUGCUUGCCUUCUUCUGGCCUUGGCCACCAGCGCUUUCGCUGGCUUCACCCAUGGAGGCAUUGGCUACGGCGGCCUAGGCUACGCCGGACUUGGCUACGGCGGCCUCGGCUACUCCGGCCUUGGUUACGGCGGCCUCGGCUACUCCGGCCUUAGCUACGGGUCUGGCCUCGGCUAUGGUCACGCUGUUGGUAUUGGCCAUGGCUUCGGCUACUCUGGACUUACUGGCUACUCCGUUGCUGCCCCAGUCGCUAGCUACGCUGUUGCUGCUCCAGCUGUGAGCCGCACCGUGUCCACUUCCUACCACGCCGCCCCAGCCGUCGCCUCCUACGCUGUGGCACCAGCUGUGGCCAAGGUUGCCACCACUUACGCCGCCCCAGCUGUGGCCAGCUACCAGACCUACCACGCUGCCCCAGCUGUGACCAAGGUCGCCACCUACCAGGCUGCUCCAGCUGUUGCUUCCUACGCUGUCGCCCCAGUUGCCACCUACGCUGCCGCCCCAGCCGUCACCAAGGUUGCCACCACCUACCAGGCUGCCCCCGCUGUUGCGUCUUACGCUGUUGCUCCAGUUGCCACUUACGCUGCUGCCCCAGCUGUUGCCAAGGUUGCCACCACCUACCACGCCGCUCCAGCUGUCGCUUCCUACGCUGUUGCCCCAGCUGUCACCAGGGUUGCCACCGCCUACCACGCUGCUCCAGCUGUUGCCACCUACGCUGCUCCAGCCGUGGCCACCUACGCUGCCCCAGCUGUCGCCUCCUACGCUGUUGCCCCAGCUGUCACCAGGGUUGCCACCGCCUACCACGCUGCUCCAGCCGUCGCCAGCUACCAGACCUACCACGCUGCCCCAGCUGUCGCCACCGUCGCCCACGCUCCAGCUUACGGCUAUGGAAUCGGCUCCCUCGGCUAUGGCGUCGGCCACUACGGCUUCGGUCACGGUCUUGGCAGCUACGGCCUGAACUACGGUUACGGCCUCGGUGGCUUCAACGACUACACUGCUCUCCUCCGCAAGAGGAAGUAAACCACAUCGGAACGUCCAUUAGCGUACUUGGCCAAGGUUCUCAGAGUAGUUGCGUUGCGCUUUCUUUGCUGUAUGCGGAAACUCUGUCCUAUGUCUUUCCAAUAAAUUAUUUUGAAUGUUGUA